AUGAGGAGGAGGCUUGGCUGGGCGACGGAGCAAGGGCAGGCGCAGGGCGGCGGUCCUGGUGGCGUUCGGCUCCGGCAGCUGGGCGAGAGGAGGCACGGCUCCGACGGCUGUGGCUCGCAGCGAGGGCCGAAGCGACGUCGCGGGUCAGUGCGACGCAGCUCCGGCGGCGGCGGCUUCGGCGCUGCGGUGGCCCCAACAGAUGCGAAGGGGAGGGGCGAACAGAGGGAGCGAGAGCCAGAGCGUGAUGUCGAGCGGCGGGUUGCUGAAGAGGUGAUCUUUGGCCAGGAAAAUGUGACAACAGGAGCUUCCAACGACUUUAUUCAGGUGUCACGUGUCGCAAGACAAAUGGUCGAAAGAUUUGGAUUCAGUAAGAAGAUCGGCCAAGUUGCGAUUGGGGGGCCUGGUGGAAACCCUUUCUUGGGGCAACAGAUGUCAAGCCAGGACUACUCGAUGGCAACCACGGAUGUCGUGGACGCUGAGGUGAGGGAACUGGUGGAGAAGGCCUACUCUAGAGCAACACAGAUCAUCACCACGCACAUCGACAUCCUCCACAAGCUCGCCCAACUCCUGAUCGAGAAGGAGACCGUGGACGGGGAGGAGUUCAUGAGCUUGUUCAUUGACGGCCAGGCCGAGUUGUUUGUCGCUUGA